AUGAUGACCACAUUGCAGAAUAAAGAAGAAUGUGGAAAAGGACCAAAGAAAACCUUUGCUCCACCUAUACAAAAAUUGCAUAGCAUGAUACGUCAUGCUCCUGACUCACCUAAGGAGGUGACCCCAGGGGUCAAUUCCCCACAGGCAGAGACUAGGCCAAACCUGCCAAAGGCCAGGAUAGAGCAGAAGGUAACCAGGGAGAAUGGUCCAAGCAGUGGCCAGGAGACAAAAGGAAAAGCUCAAGACAACAAGCCAGCAGGGAAGAAAGUAAAGGAAAAAUCAAGUCUUACCAAUGCAGAAUUUGAGGAGAUUGUCCAGAUUGUGCUACAGAAGUCCCUCCAGGAGUGCUUGGGGAUAGGAUCUGGCCUAAAUUUUGCAGAGGUUUCCUGUGCCCAGUGCAUAGUAUGUACCCAGUUAAACAAACAACGAGGAAUUGCUUCUUCUGCUACUAAAAAUAUGGAUGGGGUAAUGGUAUCUCAUGCUCCAGAGACUUCAGCUGCUGUGGAAGAUGAAGUUGUCCCUGAGAUAAGGACAUCUAAGCCAAGCCAACCAAUUCCUGCACCCUCUGAGAAGAAACUUACAAAACUGCCCUUAAGCAAAAGAAAGAAGAGAGCUCAAGAUGAAAAGAUAGGGAAAAUUCAAGGUGGACAUGAGCACAGACAGAAAGACCAAUUGAAGCAAAUGAUUCAGAAUCAUUUUUACAUCAGGGACCAGAAAAAAGGAGAAGAAAGUGGUUUUGGUCAGUUUCUAGUUUGGGUCCAGUGUUCCUUUUCAAACUGUGAAAAGUGGAGGCGGCUGCCUGGAAACAUUGACCCCUCAGUUCUCCCUGACAAUUGGUCUUGUGACCAGAACCCAGACUUGAAUUAUAAUCGCUGUGAUAUACCUGAGGAGGCCUGGACAGGGCGUGAAAGUGAUGUGAUUUAUGCUUCCUAUAUCCCAGGAUCCAUCAUCUGGGCCAAGCAAUAUGGUUACCCCUGGUAGGGCGCCACAGAUAGAGCAUCCUUUCUGAACUUGGCAGGUCAUCUUUAAUUGCAGUCUAAGUACCACGUGACAUUUUUUGGAGAAACAGUUUCUCGUGCUUGGAUUCCAGUCAACAUGCUAAAAAACUUCCAGGAGCUGUCCCAGGAGCUAGCAGGAGUGAAAAAGUGCAGGAACAAGGAUUACAGCCAGAAACUGGGGGCAGCCAUAGUGAUGGCUCAGGAGGCAGAAAAGGUCAACAUUCAGGAGCGGGUUAACUUGUUUGGUUUCUGGAGCCGAUACAGUAUAUCAGAUGAGAAAGAAAAAGGGGAUAACAGUCCAGAGUACUGCUCAGAGAAGGAGGAGGAGGAAGAUUCAGCGAUGGAGGAAGAGGCAAAGGAAAAGAAAAAAGACCCAACUUUGCCCUGUCCCAAGUCAGCCAAAAUACAUACCAAAAAACCCAAGCUAACAGGAAUGGCAAAUGGACAAGACAGGGCCCUGAAAAAGAAGAUAAAGAAGAGAUGUCUGGGCACUGAGUCCACAGCUGCUGCUCCUGCACCCUUAAUGAAGAGAGAAGAAGGGCAAAGGAAUUCAGAUCUGGACCAGCCAGACCCUAAGAAAAAAUUUAAAGCUCCCCCAAACAAGACCUCAGCAAGCAGCUUGUCUGAGGAAAAAGAAGGUAGAAUGGUUCCAAAGUGCCCAACCCCACCAGCUCGUCCCUCAGUGAGGAAAGUAGCGCCUAGACCCCAGGAGCUACCAACUGAGGGAGCUGUUAGUGUCCUCUCUGAGGAUGAAACCUCCAGUGACCUGGACCUUGCUCAACUCAUGGAAGAUAUUGGAGGAGAGUCAGAGGAGAAAGGGGAGCUACAGCAAAGAGAUGAUGCAGAUGAGUUCUCCAUGGCCUUCCUUGAGGAGUAG